CUUUAGCUUUAGAUUGUGGAAACUCAAAAUACGGUGCGUAGCAGAGAGGGAGAGAUGGAGGAAGAGGAGCAUGAGGUGUACGGAGGAGAGAUCCCUGACGAGGGCGAAUUGGAGGGUGACAUGGACGCUCACCAUACCGACGUAGAUAUGUCCGCUGCCGAUGACGACGCUGUCAAGGAGUUGGAUGAGAUGAAGAAGCGUUUGAAGGAGAUGGAGGAGGAGGCUGCCGCUCUCCGUGAAAUGCAGGCCAAGGUCGAGAAGGAAAUGGGUGCUGUUCAAGAUCCUGCUAGUGCAGUGGCUUCUCAAGCAAACAAGGAAGAAGUAGAUUCACGGUCUGUUUUCGUCGGAAAUGUUGAUUAUGCAUGCACGCCUGAAGAAGUGCAGCAGCAUUUCCAAUCGUGUGGUACUGUUAAUAGAGUGACUAUACUGACAGAUAAAUUUGGCCAACCAAAGGGUUUUGCAUACGUAGAAUUUGUAGAAACUGAAGCUGUUCAAGAGGCACUUCUUCUGAGUGAAUCCGAGUUGCACGGCAGGCUAUUGAAGGUUAUGCCUAAGAGAACUAAUGUUCCUGGGAUGAAGCAGUAUCGCCCUAGACGUUUCAAUCCUUAUUCAGGCUACCGCUUCAGGCGGCCAUAUGUUCCACCUUACUUCUAUUCUCCUUAUGGAUAUGGGAAAGUUCCCCGAUUUAGAAGGCCAGCCCGAUACAUGCCCUACUAUUAGAAUCUGUUCUAUCUUAUAAACGUCCUGUGGAGUUGUUACACAAGAUUGUUUGCAUCUAAAGGACUGGCUUAUACAUCCAGUGGAUAUAAUCUUUGAUGGCUUUAUGUAGACCAAGGUUUAUUAGUUGUAAUACUUGAUAUUUUGUUUUGACAAUUUUUUUUAUUGCUAUGGUACAAUGCACUUGGAAGUUAUAAACUAGUAUCUUGAGAUAUUGAAGAAGGCAUCUAGUUAGGA